AUGAUAAGAACACGCAUAGUCUUUGAGAGGGUCUUUUUUCUUAUAAUAUUUUCUGGAAUUGUUUACUUUUUCCUUGAUUUUAUGACCGUAUAUGAAAGCUCCAUAAGAUAUUUAAGUUUCCUUUUACUUCUUUUUAUUUAUUGCGUUUCCUAUAUCCUUGCUAUAAUUCCUGAUAUUGCAAAUUCUAUAAAUUAUAUUUCAUUUUACAAAACUAGGAAAAAGAAGGUUUUCUCCUAUGCCUUUAAGAAGGAUAUAUUUUGUCAGAAAAAAAAGAAAAAAAGGAUAAGUAAUAAAGACCUAGAAAUUCAUAAUUUAAUAGACACCAAUUUUUUUUAUAUCAAUCCUGGAGUUAUUGAAAAAGAAUAUUAUGAGAAAAAAAAUGAAUUUAACGAUGCUUAUAUGUAUUACUUGAAGCAUAUUAAAUAUAUGCAAAAAAGGGACAGGAAAAAUAGUAAUCAAACCAAUACAAAUAGUUAUAUAAAUUCAAAGGAAGGUAUGGAUCAAGAAGAUUUUAUUAAGCAUAUAAAUAAUAGAGUUCAUGAUAAUAUAAAUUAUAAAAUCGACAAGAAGGAAAAUAUUUAUAAAAAUGCUGAUAGUUAUAUUGAUAACAAUAUAUAUGGAAUGAAUAAAAAAGAAAAAAAAGACCAUAAAAAGUAUAUCAUAGAUAAUUCUGAAGAGUUUGAAAAAAUAUGUUUUAAUGAUCAAGGGAAAAAAAUAAAAAUAAAAGAUAAAAUUAUUAGAUAUAUAGAAUUGAGUAAUCAUAAUAAUAAUAAUAAUAAUAAUAGUGUGAAUAUUAAAAAUAGGAAUGACGAAGAAAAUAUUUAUGUUAAUAAAAAUAAAUAUUUUGUUGAAGAAGGGAAUAAUAAUAAAACAAAAAAAAAUGUAUCAUAUAAAUCUUAUGCUUAUAAUGGAAAAACAAGAAAUGUUCAAAAUAUUUAUCAAAUACAUAAUAAAGGUUUAUGUAUAUAUAAUGAAAUGAUGGAACAACAUGAUAGUUCCUUAUUAUAUAAUAGAAAGAAAGAUACGAAAAAGAUGAUUGGUUCAUUUUUACAUGACAAAAUAUAUUUAGAUGAUGAAAAUGAUAUAAGUAGUGAUGAGGAUAUAGAAUAUAUAAAUAAGAAACAGAAAUAUGUUUAUUUAUUAUUAAAUAAGAUAUUAUGUAAAAAUAAAAAUAAACGAAAUAAUAGUUAUUUUUGGUCUGGAUAUCAUUCCAAUAUAAAUAGUUAUACUUUAGAUAGUUUUUAUGAUAGAAAUAAACGAAUAAAUAAGAAUACAAAUUUUAAUAAAUGGCAUAAUUUAUAUUUAAAAUGUAUAAUAAAUAUAAAAAUAAAUUUUAUGGAAUUUUGUAAAAAUAGUGCUUUUAUUAUAGCUGAUAUAAUAAUAACAUUAUUAUUAAAUAUAUUAUGGUUAAAGGUACAUAAAUAUAUAUAUCGUAAUAAUGAUGAUUUAGAUAGGGGUAUGUUUAAUUGGAAUACAAGUAAAAUACCUAAAAUAUAUAAUACUAUAGAAGGUUAUUUACAAUAUUUUAUUUUAUAUGAUAUGUGUAUAAAAUUAUUUUUAUUUUUUUCAUCUAAUUAUAUAUUAAGUUUUUGGUUUCUAUUGAAUUUAUUAAAUACUCCAUUUUUUUAUAUUUUAGUAUCUUAUUUUAAUAAUAUAAAAUAUAAAAAAAUACAUUGGUUAUAUUUAUCAUGUCCUUUAAGAUUUUUAAAUUUCUUACGUAUUGAAGAUUUAUUUGGAAAGAAUAAUAAUUACAAUAAAUUAAAUAUACCCUUGAUUAAAUUAUCAGUACAAAUAUUUGUAAUGAUAUAUACCUAUGCAUGUUUAAAUUAUUUAAUUGAACAACCUUGUAGAGGUCAGUAUGAAUUAUAUGAUUAUGUUUUUUCAGGCAUGCAAACUGUUACUACAGCAGCAUUAGGAAAAGGUACAUGCUUCCCUUUUUCAUUUAAAGGUAGAUUUGCUCAUAUAUUAUAUAUAUUUAUGACAUUUACAUAUAUACAUUAUAAAAUAAGAUCAUUAAAAAAUUAUAUAGUUGAAGAGAAAAAAAUAUAUGGUAAAAUUCCAAAUAUAGGAUCAUGUUAUUUUGUUAUUAUAGGACAUAUAAAACCAAUACAAUUAUAUGUUAUAAUAAAUGAAUUACAAUCAACAUAUAAUAACUUAGAUGAAAUUAUUAUUUUAACUAGUCUACCUAUAAAAUUUUAUUGGAAUAUUAUUCGUUUAUUAAAUAAGAAAAAUAUGUGUCAAAUAAGUGUUUGCUUAUAUGAUUUAAAUAAACCUAUGCCUUUGAAAAUUAAAAAAAUAAUAACUUAUAGUAGUGGUAUAUUUAUAUGUAAUAAUAUUAUUAAUACACAUUAUAAUAUUAAUAAUGAUAUGGAGACAUUAAAACGAUAUAAUGAAAUUAAUACUUUUGGACCAUAUGAUAAGCAUAUAUCUAUCUUUCUAAAUAAUAUGUGUAAUAAAAAUAUAUUACUUCAAAGAUAUAAUAGACAUAUUUUAUGUCUUAAUGAUUUGAAAAUGAAAUUAUUUGCAAAAACUGUGGAUGAUUGCCAUGGGAUGUUUUUAUUAAUAUUAUUAUUUUUUAUGAAUACUCCACAAAAAAUUAAAUGUAAGCAUACAUAUAUAUUAACCAAAUAUUUUGAUAGGCAGAUAAAACGUCACAAUAAAAAAAAAAAAAAAUAUAAUAAAUUAAAAAGAUAUAAAAGUCUUCAUAAUAGUAGUAGUAAUAAAUAUAAAUAUUAUGAUAAUAUUUUUUUUAAAAUCAAUAUGAAAUUAAAAAGUUUAUUUUAUCCAACUAAAUCUAAACGUAUAAAAACUAAUAUACAAAAUCAAACAAAUAAUAAACGAUCUUAUAAUUUUUUAAAAAAUAUGUUUUUUAUUUUCUAUACAAAACGAUUUAUACGUAAUGGAAAGAAUAACAACAUUUAUAUGAAUCAAAAUACUCAAAGCAUUGAAAAACAGAAGACUAGAACAUAUAGAGAUAAUGAGCAAGGUUAUUACAAAAUAAAUAUAGAUAAGGAAGAUAUUGAUAGCAACGAUUUUUCAUAUUAUAAUAUAAACCAUAAAAAUGUUAAAGAAAUAAAUAAAAAUAAUGAUUGGUUAUAUAACAGCCAGACUUAUGGAAGAACAAAAAGAAUAAAAAAAAAAAUAAAUAAUAAGGUGCAUUUUGUAAAUGAGAAUAAAACAAACAAUGAUGAAAGAAAUAAAAGUAAAAAUAAUAUGUAUAGCAAUAAAAAUAUAAAAAGUAAUAAAAGUAUAAGAAACAAAUAUUAUGAAAAUAAAUUUAAGAAAUCAUUUUGUAAAACUUUCUUAUCAUACAAAUUUGAUGAAAGUACAAUAUUUAAUUCAUUUACAAAUUAUUUAAAUUACAUGAAAGGAAUUAAAUAUAAUAUUUAUAAAAUUAAAUUCCCAGCUGCUUUUUUAAAUAUUCAUUUUGUUACUAUCGUUCAAUAUAUGUAUAUGAAUUAUAACGCUUUUGUUAUAGGAAUAAUUGAUGAAGAUAAUCAAGUCAAAUUAAAUCCAGUCGAUUAUAUAUAUCUUGACCCUGAUAUAUAUUUUAUUAUGUUAACGGAUAGUUUUAAUUUAUUACACAAAAUAACCCAUAUAAAAAAAAUAGAAUUGGAUUGGUUGGAUAAAAUAGAUGAAAUAAAAAUAAAGAGGACACAAAAAUUUGUAAAGCAUGAAAAAAAAGACACAUCAAGUUUACAAGAGACUGUUGAAGAAUAUAACACAUACAGAACUAAUAAUGAUCAAAGUAGUGAGGAACAUAAUAAUAAAAAUAAUUAUAAUUAUUGUUCUAAUAAUAAUUGGAAUAAUUACUUUGAAUAUUAUAAUAAGGAUCUCUCCCAAAAACAUCGAGAAAUAAGUAAAUUAAGAGAAGAAGAUAAUAUAUAUUUUAAUCCAGUCUUAAAUAUUUUUAAAGUGGAAAAUUAUUUAGAAGCUUAUAAAGUUUUCAGUCUCAAAAAUAAAAAUAAAAAUAAAAAUGAAAUGAUAAAUAAAAAGAUAAAUUUAAAUGUAGGAAAGGAUCAUUCCAAAAGUGACCAUAAAAAUCGUACCUCAUUUAUUGAACAAAAUAUAUAUAAUAAGAAGGAAGAAAUUUUUUUAACAAAUAAUAAAGAGAAUAAUAAAAAUGAAAAAUUAAAAGAAAAAAAAGAACAUUUUUCGAAUGAUAUUAUGGAGAAUGACAAUUAUGAUGAUCAUUAUAAUAAUUAUAAUUUUAUAAUAUUAAUAUAUUGGCCACAAUCUUUAAAUACUUUUUUAAAAAUAUUAUUUCAAAAACGACAACAUAAUAUAAUUAUAUUAAGUGAUCAAAUACCUUCAUAUAUAUACAAUAAUAAUUUAUUUCCUUAUAGAUAUAAUAUUUGUUAUAUUCAAAAAUCACCACUUAUUCUAUUUAACUUAAUAUUAUCUGGUAUCUUAGUAUGUGAAAAAUGUAUAAUUUUUAAAAAUUAUUUAAAAUUAGAUUCCUAUCAAAAUAUUGUAUCAUAUAAUGAAAAAACAAAAAAUAUAAACUUCUUGGAAUAUAUGUGCGAAUAUAAUGAUAGUGAUUUAAUCAUUAUAUAUAAUAAUAUAGAAAAUAUAUUUAGAAGAAAAGAUAUAAAUAUAAACUUUAUUAAUUAUCAAAUUAAAAGUUAUAAUGAAAAAUAUAAAUAUCAUGAUUAUUUAAAAAAUAAAUUAUCUAUUCAAUAUAGACAUAACCCAGCUUUUAUGAACAAUUUGUAUACACAUAAUGAUAAUAUAAAUAACCAUAAACAAAAAAACAAAAAACAAUAUUCUCAAAGUGAAUGUUAUAGUAAUAAUAUAAUAUCAGAAAAAAAAAUAAAAAAACCAAUAAAUGAAUCAAAUAUAAAGGAAAUAAAAAAAUAUAACAAAAAAAAUAAUAAAAAAAAUAAAAAUAAAAAAUUAUAUUUAUUAAUAGAAUUAAAUAAUGCUUUAUCAAUUCAAUAUUUAAAUAAUGAUGUUUUAACUAACGUAAAUAUUUUAAAAGAACAAAUAGAUAAUAUUAAUAAAAAUAAAUCACAUAAUUUAUUAUUUGUAGAAAAUUAUAAAAAACAAAUACAAUUUUUUAAUUAUGGAAAUUUACUUGUAGAAAAUAUAUACAAAAAAAUAGAACAUAUUUUUGUAGAUAAUUAUUUUUUCUAUCUAUAUUUUCUACAGUUUACUUCAGCUAGUAUAUUUAUAGAUGAAUUAUUGUAUCAUCUAAUAGGAUAUACAUUUCCUAUCAAAAAAAAUUCAUUAGAUAUAUCGACCAUAAACUCUUUUAUUCAUGGUACAUAUGUAGACAAAAAAAAAAAAAUUAAAACGGACUUGAUAUUAAAAAAUAUCCAUCCAAAAUAUCAUUGUAGAAAUUUCUUUUUCCUCUUUCAAAAAUAUUUAAAGAAGGGAAGAAUUAUAAUAGGAAUUUAUCGCUGCGAUGAAGAUAAUCAUAUGACUAUAGUUAUUCCAUGUCCACAGAAAAAUCUUUUGAUGCAUAAAAAUGACAAGGUUUAUGUAUUACAAAGUGAAUAUGAAAGUUAA